AUGGCCCAGAUGUCUAUCAGGCCCAGGUUAUCACUAUUGCUGGAUCAAACAAUAGCGAUUACUGAGAUUGUUGUUGUAGUGGUGGUGGUGGUGGUGGUGGCGGUGGCGGCGGCGGCGGCGGCGGUGGCGGCGGUUACAUCGGCGGUCUGAAUAAUGCAGUCUGCGAUGAUUGGUCGUGAGAGUUUGCGCAAGACCUUGGCCAAAUUGACAAUGGAGAUAACUGUUUUUUUUCAAGGUGUUACAAUGGCCGCUUGCUCCUCUUAUUGUCCAAAAUUUUCCGCUUCUUUUAAGUGAUUUCAGGAAAUUUUCGACUCCUGGAAAAUGAGUUGGAAAAAUGGAAAACUAUUAGGGGUUAGGAAGCUUUUUGAAGUUUUUGUGCCGGCAGUAUUCUAAAGGGAUGCGGUAUUUCAUGUCCGUAGCUUCGCCCCGAAGUCUCAACAUAAAUGGCGUUGCGCAUGCAGAAAGGGUUCUAAAUUCGAGAUAACAAGAAUCGAUCAGUAAAGCCUCGGCUUUGCGUAAUUCAAGAUGAUAAUACUGGCCGUUGAGAAAAAAAUAGGUUGGAUAUGGGCAUGAAAUGGGCACAGAACGACUAUUUUAAGAGUCGGAUGGAAAAAAGAGAAAACCCACCUCCAUAAACACAAAAAUCAAGAAUAUUGUUGUGAAAUAUUAAAUAAGGGGUAGAUGGGAGUAAAAUUGGAGAAUCCUUACUGCCUACUUACCAGAGUAUGGAUGGGGGGUCUUGCUGGCUGUGGAAAAUAUAUAAUUGCUUGACAAUAAACCCUUCGAAGCAUUACUUCUGGUCCUCUGGGAGAACCACUACACGGCAGAGGUCAAAAGAGUGGCCGCUAUUGUAGACAUGCAGGAGUACUGAUGUGGUUGUUUCGAAUUAUACUCUCCAUAUGGGGGUUCUUAGUUCAUGUGCUGAGUAUAUUUUAUGCUUGGAAGUCCCCAUGUUGGGUGCACGAGAUGGUUUGCUUCUGUAGCUGGUUCGGUCAUCGUGACCAGUCCCGUUGGUACACCGCAGGAGGCCACGAGGUAAGUGAACCCCCAGGUAAGCGAACAUUGCUCUGCUGGAUUGCUAUUUGUCUGCUUGUUUGUGUUUGUCCGUGUUGAAAACCAAAUGCCGUUCUGUUGGAUCUCCUCCGUUGACUUUGCUCUUACUGGUCCUGCCUGCUUCCUUUUUGUCUGCUUGUUUGUUUGUUUUUAUUGUAAGCGAAAUGCCAAUCGGCUGAAUUUGUCUGCUCACCGUUCAUAUUUCAGCAACCAGUUAAUGUAGAGAGGGGUGGGAAAGCCUUUCAUCCCGUCUCUUCACCUUUCCCCCAUCUCCCCUCUCCCCCCACGUCCCCCGACAUCAUGCGACGACUGCCCUGUCUGCCGCAAGGCAUCGACGAUCGCCUGAGGAGCCUCCUCUUGCCUCUCCAGGGAGGCAAGUUCGCCACCAUCAUCAGCGCCUACGCUCCACCCCCUCCCCCGCGAUUGCCAGCCCUGAGGAGGCGAGAAACAAAUUUUAAGAGGGCCUGCACUCCCUCCUGGCGUCUGCGCUGAAGGCGGAUAAGCUGAUUGUCCUUUCGUGACUUCAACGCCCGCGUCGGCACAGACCAUGCUGCCUGAAGAGGAGUGCUGGGUCCACAUGGUCUCAACAGCUCCAACGACAAUGGCUCCUCCUCCCCGGCAGCGCACCGACUCAUUCUGACGAACACCUUCUUCUGUCUGCCGGAGCGAGAGAAGGCCACCUGGAGGCAUCCUCGGUCGCGUCAGUGGUACCUGCUCGACUAUUUCAUCGUCUGGAUGCGAGCUCAACGAGACGUGCUGGUGACAAAGGCAAUUUCGGGUGCUGACGGGUGGACCGACCAUCGCCUCGUCAUCUCGAAGAUGCGGAUUCGCCUACAACCUCACAGGAGACCACAAGGUAAGCAACCCCCGGGUAAGCUGGAUAUUGCUUUGUUGUCUUUACCUGCUCACCAUUUCCAUUUCAGCAACGGGCUGGCUCAACGGCCAGACAACUUUCCAGUCGCUGUCGCUGUCGCCGCCGCUGACGAGAACGCCUCCGCGGAGAACCGAUGGUGUCAACAGCGGGACACAGUCCGGUCGACGGCCCUGGCCGUCCUCGGUCGCGCACGCCGCCAACACCAGGACUGGUUCGAUGACAACGAUGCCGUCAUCAGCAAUCUGCUCGCCGAGAAGAACCGUCUGCAUAAAGCCUACGCCGACCGCCCCACCAAUGACAACGGAGCUGCUUUCUACCGCAGUCGUACCCUUGUGAAACAGCGGCUCCGCAAGAUGCAUGACAUCUGGACGGCUCGCAAGGCUGAGGAGAUCCAGGGGUAUGCGGUGCGCAACGAAUGGAAUAACUUCUCGGCCAUCAAAGCUGUCUGCGGUCGGCCAACCAAAGCUACUGCACCUCUUCUCGUACCGACGGCAGUACUCUACUCACUGAGAAAACACAAAUCUUACAACGCUCGACCGAGCAUUUCCGAGGUGUCCUCGACUGUCCCUCCACCAUCUCCGACGCUGCCAUUGCCCGUCUGCCGCAAAUGACGACCAACGCCGAUCUCGACCUCCCGCCCUCUUUCCAAGAAACCAUCAGGGCCGUGUAG